AUGGCGUCAACAUCGCUGCUUGGAUCGGGGCAGUAUCCCGAGCAUGAUCUGUCCGAGUUCCCGGCCGCCCUCAAGGGCAGGCGAAUUCUGCUGUGCACGGAAUCAUUUGGUCCGGUCAACGGUGUGAGCCGGACAACUCUGAUGCUGGUCAACCACUUGCGCGAUCACGGUGUCCAGGUCGCUGUUGUCGCUCCUCAUAACCACACCAACCACAACACCUUUUCACCUCCUCCGUCUCCUAGUCUCUCUCCUGCGGACAAGCAGCCCGAGGUCCGCGUUACUGGUUAUCCCUUGCCAUUUAACCCUGAGCUAUCAAUCGUAUAUCCCGUUCGCAAUUCAACCCUCUAUUCUCGUACCUUUGGCAAUGAUGCGCCUCCCGAUCUAAUCUACCUCGCAUCCCCGGCUAGUCUGGGCUUUCAAGUCAUGCUGCAGCUGAGGCAGCAGCCCAAGGAAAAGCAGAUUCCCAUAAUCUGCAACUUCCAGACGGAUUUGGCUGGCUACUGUUCCAUUCUCUUCCCCGCGCCCCUCAGCCACGCAGCAGUCUUUGCCUUUGACGCCGUGCAAAGCUACCUUUUCAGACACUCGUCCAUCAAGACCAUCUUUUACCCCUCAAGAUUCGUCAGACGUUAUUUGGAAGGCCAGAAAGUCCAACCCAGCAAACUCGAGGUCUUGACCAGAGGAGUCAACACCACCAUGUUCAACCCGAGUCGCAGGAGUGAAGCACUGAGAAAGGAGAUUGCGCCAAACGGAGAAGUCAUCUUCGUCACGGUUUCUCGAAUUGCCGGUGAAAAGGGCUUCGACUUCCUCGCCAAGGUUGCCAAGGAACUGGAUGCUAGGGACCUGCCGUUCAAAAUGGUCAUUGUGGGAGGAAACCGAAACCCCGACGUCGAAAAGGAGGUUCAAGAACUAUUUGACCCUCUAAGAGAAAAGGGUACCGUCACUUUCGCCGGCUUCAAGGUUGGAGAGGAUCUUGCUACUUACUAUGCCAGUGGCGAUGUGUUUUUGCACUGCUCGGUCACAGAAACCUUUGGCCUGGUUGUCUUGGAAUCCAUGGCCAGCGGUGUCCCUGUAGUGGCUCGUGACGAAGGUGGCCCAUCAGACAUUAUCGCCCAUGAGCAGACGGGCUACCUAAUUCCGCCCGAUGACUUGGACGGAUUCGUUGCCAAGGCCGUCGAGCUCGCUGAGGACCACCAGCUACGAUUCACCAUGGCCAAGGACGCUCGUGCCGCUGCAUGUGAAGCCACGUGGGAAAAGAUCAACAACAAGGUUGCCUGGCGCAUGGCCGACACCAUUGCCCAGCGUGAGUUGGAGCAAAGCAAGGCGCCUCAGCCAACCCCCGCGGUGGCAACUACAGCUCAACAGCUGGUGCCUGUUUAUGGCUGGCUCAUGAUGAAUAAUGCGGUCCGAGAAACAGUCACUCGCAGCGUUGUCGAUGCUCGGCUGGCAGGUGGCUUGGGAGUCAUUCUCAGCUUCUGGGUCAUUACCGGUGUAUAUGUGGUAUUUACCGAAGGUCUUCUAUGGGCCAAAGGCCGAUUCCGCAAGGUCACGCCGACGGCAUGA